UCCCGCAGUGCUACAGUAUUGUAGGAUAAUUACUUACGCUGACCGGCAAUCAUAAUAUUUCAUAUUAUUGAACUUUACUGGAAGGUGUUACAUUUGCACAGCCUAUUUCAAUACUUAAUAUUUAGCGAGAGAUUAUUAUUCCUAGCUGACUUUAUAACAAAAGAGAGCUUCUGUGUUGACUUUAGACGCCCACUGAACAAACUGAAAACGUUGAGUGAUUGCAUGAAAGUAGGAAGUGACAUGCUUCAUCGACAUUCAGGUGUUGGUUUGUGACAAACAACCUUAAGAUAUCCGGUGGCAACCGAUUGACGUUAAUAAUAAAUACUCGGACAAGAUGUCAGAUGGAGAUGCAUUGAAAGCUGUGGACCUGGGAGAAAAGGCAACCAACCCCUUAAAGCCAUCAUUGCAAACUCCCCCUGAGCCUGUGUCCUCAGUGCAGAAUGACCCCACCACUCAGGGAGCGGCAACCCCUGAACCCAGACUGGAGGCUAGGGAGGACCAGUGGUCAUCAACUCUCAACCAGUUCAAGCUCAAGAAGUUCUUUGUUCUGCGGCCUGGCACUGUGGAUCAUGCAAUUGAAGACGUCAAGACUCUGGUCAGUCAGCAAGAAGAUGGCGGUGUUAAAAGUGUCUGGCUUUUGACAGAGAUUGACCACUGGAACACUGAGUUGGAGCGUCUUGCUAUCAUUACAGAAAACUGUCUGCUCAUCUGCAAGUAUGACUUCUUGAUGUUCAAAUGUGAGCAGAUCGAAAGGAUCCCGCUCAACUUUGUGGAUCAUGUCUCACAUGGUACCUUCAUCUUCCCUCAACAUUCCCUCCUCUCGAGAGAGGGAGAAGGGCUACGUAUAAAUUGGGACAAGAUGAGAAAACCGGCCUUUUCCUCCCGCUGGAAUCCGUUUGCGAAAGAUUAUCCCUACGCUACCUUCACUUACCACCCGGUCAGGAUCGUCAAUGAGAAGUUCGCUGCUCUGUGUGAGCUCAAGGACUUCCAAGAGCAAGUGAUCGCGGCAGCCAACCUGGCACGUUCGAAGAAGCCUAUCCCAGGAAAGGAGAACGAGGUCCUUGUUUUGAAUGAGCCCAUUCUCAUUGAGGCCUAUGUGGGCCUUAUGUCCUUCAUUGGGAAUCAGAACAAGCUGGGCUACUGUCUCGCACGAGGCAACAUUGGUUUUUAGAUUUACAUUUUUAUCUUACCUAUUUUUUGUCAUUUUAUUUGCCAUGUGUAUUGUUUUCCUUCCAAUUAUUGAAGUUUACUAGGCUUACAAUUUGUACAAAAUUAUUUACAGCCUUGUUCAUUUGUUGUAUAAAUCUGUAACCUUACUCAGACUAAAUUCAUUUUGUGAAUUUAUAUUCAUUUUAAAUUUAAAAUCAUGCUUUUAAAACGAUUGUAACAUUUUCCAAAUCUUUGAAAAAAUAUUUUGAAGGCUCCACUGCUUUCUUAGACAGAACAAGCUUGCUUUCCUGCUUUUUGUAUUUGAUUAAGUGUGAAGGAAUGUACAUCCAUAUCAUGCAUCUUUAUAAAGCCCUUUCUGAGAAGAUAUAUUGGAGAGAAUUUUUAAAACAGGGUUCUGAACAGCCAGUUUUUUUUAAAUCACAUGUUCCAGUGUUUUCGUUUUUCUCAAUCUUAAUAAUUUAAAAGACUUGUAGAAAAACUGUCUCAUUAUACAGGGUUUUUGUUUUUUAUUACUAUUGUCAAGAGUGACACAGAGCAUUCCCAGUUCUUAUAGAGUGAUACACAAUUGCUCCUAUGGGGCACUGCGCUUAAGCCAAAAAUUUGUUGUCAUCAUAGUGAAACUAUUUUACUGCAUAUGGAAGCAAAAUUUUUAUUGAUUAAGAAUUGUAUGUUGUAGUAUUAAAAUAGAUAGAUAUAGAUAUAUAUUUAGAUAGAUAUUUCUCAAUCAUAACAUCAUAUAUGUAGCACUUAAAAGUCUGUGGAAAAAGAUCUGUGGUAAAAUAAUCUCAUGUAACCUAUUACUGUAAAGUUGUUUAAUGUAGCUACAUGACUGAUACAUGACCGGUCUUUGGGGAAUACAUAUGGUUUUACACUAAUUCCAUUGCCUCUGCCACCACAGACACUUUUGUAUGUUAGCCAAUAACCUUUUUAAGGAUAAAUGAUGUCUUAUUGUCAUUCCUAAACAUGUUGCACAUCAAAGGAAGAAAUUGAGGUACUCCGGUCCGAUAUAGGUGACAAUUAUAAAAUAGAAAUCAAAUCCAAAACAAUUAUUCAAUGAAUAAAAUAAGGUAAAAAUAAAGAUUAAAAAUGAUAACAUUAGGAUAAAUAAUAACAUUAGGAGAAUAUAGCUAUGAAUAUAUAGGCACAAGUGAGCAUCGUGAGUAUAGAAAACCAGCAAGGUGUAGAAAACUAAACAAGGCAGGCUGUGUUGAUGCCCCGGGUGAGGUUCUCAAAGAUAUGUUUAGUCCCCACACUCUGCUUCCAUAUCAGAAGGCGUGUCGGUGGGAUUGAGGAGGUCUUCGAAGUAUUCCUUCCACCAACCGAAAACGUCUCGAGUUGAGGUCAGCAGCGCACCAUCCCCACCAUAAACAGUGUUGAUGCUGCACCGCUUUCCCGCCCUGAGCUGCCGGAUGGUGGACCAGAAUCUCCUCAAAGCCGUCCGGAACUCGUUUUCCAUGGCCUCGCCAAACUCCUCCCACACCCGAGUUUUUGCCUCAGUAACGCAUCCCGCACCCCAUUGGUGCUUGACCUGCCGGUACGUAUCAGCUGCUUCUAGAGUCCCACAGGCCAAAAAGGCCCAAUUGGACUCCUUCAUCAGCUAAAUGGGAUCCUUCACCACCGGUGUCCACCAGCAAGUUCAGGGAUUGCCGCCGCGACAGGCACCGACCACCUUACAGCCGCAGCUCCUGUCAGCUGCCUCCACAAUGCGUCUGCACCUCGGGUGCGCCUUCCGGUAUCUCGCUCAAGGGGAAAGCAAUGGCUCGAGCUGCAGGGUCCUCCUCUACCUCGGGCUGUUUAAAACUGAGGUACUCCUCCUCAGUAAGGCAAGGCUCCUUUUCAUUGAGUCUGGUCAUUCUGUCUUACGCAGGGAAGCAGCUACAGUCCAGGGAUUCAGGGGAAUGAGGGAUAUAUUUGGGGAGAACAUAUUGGGGGACAUGGAGCAAGGCCACAGUAAUCAACAUGACUUGAAAACACGGGGAUUCUACAUGAGAUAGAGAGGGGGGCAUGGCACACGGGAGGAUCAGGACGAUUGGGGCAUGACAUGUAUGUUGUAGUUGUCUUAGUGAUAUUGAUUGAAGUAACCAAAUUACAGCAGGCUGUGCUUACAUAAGUUAAUAAAAAACACAUUUAAGAUAUGUGUUGUUAUAUGGAAAUUAUAAUGAAUUACUUUUUAAGUUAUUUUAAUGGUAAAAGAAUGGUGCCUCUAAAUAUUCAUUUUGCUCAUUUGAGAUGUAACAUGAAACUCCAAACUGGUGCAAUGAAACCCAAACUGGAAUGUGAUUAGCAAAGAGUACUGUUAAAUUCUUUCAAAACAGCCAUGACCUUGUCCAACUCCCCAGGCUGCCUCGGAUUCUUGGGGCCAGUAACAUUAGACAAAUUCUGCAAGGGGCUCACGAUCCUUUUGUGGCAUGUAGUCUGCACAUCUCAGAGGGAGGCUUCUUAACCAGAAUGGUUAGAAUGCGGUCAACUGCAGUGACCAAUCAAUGGAAUUUUUCCCUGCCAGUAGCUCAAAAGUCUGGUUGAGGGACACAGGCGGAAAUUUUGAGAUGUAUGUAUCUAAUAAAAUUUGUUGUAUAUGUACUGUCUUUUCUCCCCACUCUUUGCUUUCCAUUUGUUGCUUGUGCAGCUGUGCUGUAUGUGUCUAUGUUGUUGGGUCUCAUGUGAGCGUAAUAGGGAUACUUUGUUUUUAUUUAUUCCUGUCUCUCGCUUCUCACCCCCCGCAGCUGUCACUGUUGUGUCUGGAGUAAGUUAAACUUGGAGCGGAACAAGAUACUUGGAAAAAUGUCAGCUUUGCUAGUUGUCCCAGUAAUGCAGAAUAAGAGAGAGUGGCAACACACCCCAGAUUCUUUCAGAGGAAAACAAUAGCUAUGAGGAGAAUGUGAGGCAGCAUUUUGUACUUGUUUAUUUGAUUUUAUUACUCUCCAGUAACACCAUGAGGCAUUUUGUUUACUACAGACUGUGCUACUAAGCGUGAUGCACAGAACCUCAAGUUUAAAUGUGACAGACGUAAAAACAUUAGGUACAAAAUAUGCUAUGCUUGUAAAGUGUACUUUACAAAUGUGGAACAUGCAUUGUAAAACUUACAUAAGGGUGGCUGACAGAUGUGAUACAGCACUUUAUAUAUGUCAAAAAUAAAUGACUAUCUUGUUUACUGUA